GGUAAUAUUCCGGGUGGUACGUCAUUUUUGUUCAGGCUGAAAGAUGGCGACAACUACUCCAGGAAGUGCGACAGAUGAGAAAUCUAAAAGCAAGAAACCUAGAGAGACGAGAUUUAAGCAGCAGAAGUUACCUGCCUGGCAGCCUAUCCUCACAGCCAGUACAGUCCUGCCUGCCUUCUUUGCCAUUGGAAUAGCCUUCAUUCCAUUAGGAGUAGCUUUACUGGUUACCUCAAACAAUAUAAAAGAAGUGACUGCUGAUUACACAUUCUGCAAAGAGAAAGGAACCAAUGUUUCCUGUGCUGACGUGUUAAAAAGCUUUAAUAAAACUGGAGCUUCUUGUACCUGUGAAGUGUCUAUUGAGUUAACUGAGGACUUUCAGGGUGAUGUUUACAUGUACUAUGGCCUGUCAAACUUCUACCAGAACCACCGUAGAUAUGUGCGCUCCCGAGAUGAUAGUCAACUGAAGGGAGAUGUGAUAGACCCUGGCAACUUGAACACAGACUGUGAACCCUUCAAAACGACCUCCUCAAAUUCCUCUGAAGUCAAGGGUUAUGCCCCUUGUGGAGCCAUUGCCAACAGCAUGUUCAACGAUACUUUUACCAUCACAUACAAAAGGGAACAGGGAGAUAUACUAGUAGGCCUGAAGUCAACGGGUAUUGCCUGGGUGUCUGAUAAAGAAGUGAAGUUCAAGAAUCCUCCAGAAUCCUCCAGAAGCAUGUACACAAAGCCUCAGUACUGGCAGAAAGACGUUUGGCAUCUGAAUGGUAACUCAUCCACAAACAACGGCUAUGAGAAUGAGGAUCUGAUCGUGUGGAUGAGAACCGCCGCCCUGCCCACCUUCCGCAAACUUCACCGCAUUGUGGACAGGAACUCUGACACUAACUUCAGCAAAGGCCUGCCUAAAGGCCAGUACCUGGUAGAAGUCAAGUACAACUACCCUGUUAUAGAUUUUGAAGGUAAGAAAAGAAUUGUGCUGACAACCACGUCAUGGAUGGGAGGAAAAAAUCCAUUCCUGGGAAUAGCAUACCUGGUUGUUGGAUCUCUCUGCAUUGUCCUUGGAGUUGUCUUCUUGAUCAUUCAUGUAAAAGUGGGAAAAAAAACAGAAGAUAUGAUCAACAUUACAAACAGGACAGCAUAUUGACAACCAGCCGAGUCCCCGGACAAUACGACAGAUGAUAUUCCCGUCUGAGUAGUCUCCCUUGGUAGUACUCUUGACAGUCUGCACGUCUCCUGUGACUCAUGCCACCCACAAUCCCUAUACUGUAUUAGUCUGUCCACCUGAACUGUGAUAGGUACAAUGUGUGUGAGACUUUUCCAGCUCAAGCCUGUCCUUGUGCUUUCAUAUUGUAUGUAUAUUUUUUUUAUCUCUUUAUUUAUGCCUGUCACAUUUUUUUUUUUUUUUUGCAACUUAAUAUGUAAAUUAGAAUCUUUGCCUCAUUAAGUGUGUGGAAAAUAUAUUUAUGUAUAUUAAUAUUUUUAUGUUUGUGACAAAGAAACUCUCGAAAGCUUUCUGAAGGAUUAGAUGGAUUUUAUAAAGUGUGUGUAUGAAUGGAUGUCAGAAGGAAAUAUGCCAGUGGUAAAUGUUCUGUUUGUCAUUUACUUUACCAUCCUUCCUAAACCAUGUGAUACCAUAGCAUACCUUGUAUACACUGGCAUACCUUAUAUACAUUGGCAUACAAUUGCAUACAUUGUAGACCAUGAUUCUUACUGUGGAAAAUUCUCCAUCAAAUCAUAGCUGAUGUAUUCACAUAUCUCCAUUUAUGCAUUUUUGACUGCACACUGCACUGUUCAUCCUGUAAGUUGUAAAUGUGUUUUAUACAUGUAUCAAAAUAUAAAAUUAUUAUUCAAUGUGAGAUGUAUAUGUGUAUAUCAGAUGAUGUUAUAAAACUAUAUCAAACUAUUUAAACAAAGGAAUAAAACAUUUCUUGUUGUUGUCAGUAGGAGUGAGCAUUUGUCAUGUGGGUACAUUCAGCUCAGAAGCUUCCUGUGUGCAUUUCCACUUCCUCAAAAUAUGCACACCGCGUGCAACUCUUCAGUCUUAGCAGGCUUACCAUUAUAUAGACCAUUUGAUUUAGCUACAUAAGAUGUUUGUGGAAUACAACUGCUAUAUGUGGAGGAGUACCUGUGUGAGGCAGAUCACACACAGCAGGUGUUUGGGAUAUCCCCAACACAGGAAAGGUUCUAUACAUGUAUGUUUCAAGCACGGACCAUUUCUUGUGGUUGAAUCACCACCCUUCAACCUCACCAAUGUUAUUUUGGAAAAAUCAUGAAAACUGUUCAUGUGAAAAUCUACUGUAAAACACACCUGCUGAAUAGGUUGCAUUAAUGCAUUCAACUGUCUUGGCACUUUCUUUUGUAUUGAUACUAUAUAGCAUCAGGCUUUGUCUAUUUUUAUUCAUGCCCUUAGCCAUGUACGUGGUUAAUGUUGAUUAUGAAUAGAGGUAUAAUGAAGCAGAAUCAUGUGAAUCGUGCAUUCAUCUAAGAAGUGUAAAUAAAGAGUUGGAUACAACUGACAA